AUGUCGGAACUACGUGGCUCGCCGCCCAUGUCGCGGAACUCGCUGGAGAAUGGCUUCGGGGCUCCUCUGGCGGCGCUGAGCUCGUUGGCGGAGGCCGCCCCGCCGGCUCCGAACCCUCACGGCAUCGACCACAUCCUGUCGCGGCCGGCGGUGGGCGCGAGCGUGGGCGCGGGGCUGCUGACGCCGCGGCUGUCGCUGGCGGCUGCGGCGGCGGGGAUGGCGCAUUACCUGCAACACAAGCCUCUGUACUGGCCCGGCUUCCAAGGGCUGGUGUCCAACCCCAUCGCGUGGAGAGACAGGCUGCAGUCGAGAUUCUCGUUCGCAGUGAGCAACGGCGCGCUCAGCGCAUGCGCGGUGCAGUCCGGCGGGAUGGAUAAGGACGGCAAAAAAAAACACACCAGACCCACCUUCAGUGGACAGCAGAUAUUCGCGCUGGAGAAGACCUUCGAACAGACCAAGUACCUCGCGGGCCCCGAGCGAGCGAAGCUGGCGUACGCGCUGGGCAUGACGGAGUCACAGGUUAAGGUCUGGUUCCAAAACAGAAGGACGAAAUGGAGGAAAAAGCACGCAGCCGAAAUGGCGACAGCUAAACGCAAACAAGAAGAACUCGGCGAGGAGUGUGAGGACCAGGAGCCGCACGACAACGACCCCUGCAGCGACGAGGAGGAACCCAAGAGGCCGAGGCUCGAUCUCCAUCACCAGCACAUCAGCCACCACCCACUGCCUCACCACCGGCAGUGA